CAGUGCUCGGUGGUUUAAAGAUGGCGGCGGCGGCGGCGGCAGCGUUGAGGGCGCGGAGCCGCGGGAUGGGGAGGGAAAAGGAGAAUCUGUGAGGCGUCGAGAGGCAGCGCGGCGGCUGCUGUGAGGAGUCGGGUGCGGAGACGCCGGUGGCCGGACCGUUUAGGGCCGGGGCCUCGAGUGGGAAGGAGAGGCCGGAGCAAGCGCCUGGAGCCGGAGGCCGGAGCCGAGGAGGAAUGUGACCACGGGUCGGCAGGGGCGCGGGAGUACGCAAGUGCAGGGAUGGGGCAGCAGGUGGGCCGCGUCGGGGAGGCUCCGGGGCUUCAGCAGUCGCAACCCCGCGGGAUCCGGGGCAGCAGCGCAGCCAGGCCCUCCAGCCGCAGGCGGGACCUGGCGGGGCGCACCGCAGAGGCCGGCUUCAAUAUCUUCACCCAGCACGAUCACUUUGCCAGCUGUGUGGAGGAUGGAUUUGAGGGAGACAAGACUGGAGGCAGUAGUCCAGAAGCCUUGCACCGCCCCUAUGGUUGUGAUGUUGAACCCCAGGCCCUGAAUGAAGCCAUCAGGUGGAGCUCCAAGGAGAACUUGCUUGGAGCCACUGAGAGUGACCCUAAUCUUUUUGUUGCACUUUAUGAUUUCGUAGCAAGUGGUGAUAACACACUGAGUAUCACUAAAGGUGAAAAGCUACGAGUCCUUGGUUACAACCAGAAUGGUGAGUGGAGUGAAGUUCGCUCUAAGAAUGGCCAAGGCUGGGUGCCAAGCAACUAUAUCACCCCAGUGAACAGCCUGGAGAAACACUCCUGGUACCAUGGACCUGUGUCUCGCAGUGCAGCAGAGUACCUACUCAGCAGUCUAAUCAAUGGCAGCUUCCUGGUGCGAGAAAGUGAGAGCAGCCCUGGGCAGCUGUCAAUCUCGCUCAGGUAUGAGGGGCGUGUGUAUCACUACAGGAUCAAUACCACCACAGAUGGCAAGGUGUAUGUAACUGCUGAGAGCCGCUUUAGCACCUUGGCCGAGCUUGUUCACCAUCACUCCACAGUGGCUGAUGGACUGGUAACAACACUACACUACCCAGCACCCAAGUGUAAUAAGCCUACAGUCUACGGUGUGUCCCCUAUCCAUGACAAAUGGGAAAUGGAACGAACAGAUAUUACCAUGAAGCACAAACUUGGGGGUGGUCAGUAUGGAGAGGUUUACGUUGGCGUCUGGAAGAAAUAUAGCCUUACUGUUGCUGUGAAAACACUGAAGGAAGAUACUAUGGAGGUGGAGGAAUUCCUAAAAGAAGCUGCAGUGAUGAAGGAAAUCAAGCAUCCUAAUCUGGUACAACUAUUAGGUGUAUGUACUUUGGAGCCACCAUUUUACAUUGUGACUGAAUACAUGCCUUAUGGGAACUUGCUUGAUUAUCUCCGAGAAUGCAACCGAGAAGAGGUGACUGCAGUUGUACUGCUUUACAUGGCCACUCAGAUCUCUUCUGCAAUGGAGUAUUUAGAGAAGAAGAAUUUCAUCCAUAGAGAUCUUGCAGCACGUAACUGCCUGGUGGGAGAAAACCAUGUGGUAAAAGUGGCUGACUUUGGCUUGAGUAGAUUAAUGACUGGAGACACCUAUACUGCUCAUGCUGGAGCCAAAUUUCCUAUUAAAUGGACAGCACCAGAGAGUCUUGCCUACAAUACCUUCUCAAUUAAAUCUGAUGUCUGGGCUUUUGGGGUGCUCUUGUGGGAAAUUGCUACAUAUGGAAUGUCACCAUAUCCAGGUAUUGACCUGUCUCAGGUCUAUGAUCUACUGGAAAAAGGAUAUCGAAUGGAACAGCCUGAAGGAUGUCCCCCUAAGGUGUAUGAACUUAUGAGAGCAUGCUGGAAGUGGAGUCCUGCCGACAGGCCCUCUUUUGCUGAAACACAUCAAGCUUUUGAAACCAUGUUCCAUGACUCCAGCAUUUCUGAAGAGGUAGCCGAGGAGCUUGGGAGAGCUGCCUCCUCCUCAUCUGUUGUUCCAUAUCUGCCCCGAUUACCUAUACUUCCUUCUAAGACCCGGACGCUGAAGAAACAGGGGGAGAACAAGGAGAAUAUUGAAGGGCCACAAGAUGCCACAGAAAAUUCUGCUUCCAGUUCAGCACCAGGGUUCAUUAGAAGUGCACAGGCCCCCAGUGGGUCCCCAGCACUGCCUCGAAAACAAAGAGACAAGUCCCCCAGCAGCCUCUUGGAAGAUGCCAAAGAGACAUGCUUCACCAGAGAUAGGAAGGGAGGCUUCUUCAGUUCCUUCAUGAAAAAGAGAAAUGCUCCCACACCCCCCAAACGCAGCAGCUCCUUCCGAGAAAUGGAGAAUCAGCCCCACAAGAAAUAUGAACUCACGGGUAACUUCUCAUCUGUUGCUUCUCUACAGCAUGCUGAUGGGUUCUCUUUCACUGCUGCCCAGCAAGAGGCGAAUCUGGUGCCACCCAAGUGCUAUGGGGGUAGCUUUGCACAGAGGAACCUCUGUAAUGAUGACAGUGGCGGGGGUGGGGGCAGUGGCGCUGCUGGGGGUGGGUGGUCUGGCAUCACAGGCUUCUUCACACCACGCUUAAUCAAAAAGACACUGGGCUUACGAGCAGGUAAACCCACAGCCAGUGAUGACACUUCCAAGCCUUUUCCAAGGUCAAACUCUACAUCUUCCAUGUCCUCAGGGCUUCCAGAGCAGGAUAGGAUGGCAAUGACACUUCCCAGGAACUGCCAGAGGUCCAAACUCCAGCUGGAAAGGACAGUGUCCACCUCUUCUCAGCCAGAAGAGAAUGUGGAUAGGGCCAAUGACAUGCUUCCCAAAAAAUCAGAGGAAGGUGCCGUUCCGACCAGGGAGAGACCAAAAGCCAAACUUUUGCCCAGAGGAGCCACCGCUCUUCCUCUCAGAACCCCCUCUGGGGAUCCAGCCAUUACAGAGAAGGACUCUCCAGGGCUGGGGGUGGCUGGAGUGGCAACUGCCCCCAAGAGCAGAGAGAGGAAUGGUGGGGCACGACUUGGCAUGGCUGGAGUCCCAGAGGAUGGCGAGCAGACAGGCUGGGCUGUGCCAGCCAAGGCUGCGGCGGUCCUCCCAACCACUCACAACCACAAAGUGCCGGUCCUUAUCUCACCCACUCUGAAGCACACUCCAGCUGACGUGCAGCUCAUUGGCACAGACUCUCAGGGGAAUAAGUUCAAGCUCUUAUCUGAGCAUCAGGUCACUUCCUCUGGAGACAAGGACCGACCACGCCGGGUAAAACCAAAGUGUGCCCCACCCCCGCCGCCAGGGGUGAGACUACUGCAGCACCCGGCCAUGUGCUCAGACUCCAUGGAAGAGCCCACGUCAGAAACACAGGAGGGAGGGAAGAAGGCGGCUCCAGGGGCAGUGCCCAUCAGCGGGAAAGCUGGGAGGCCUGUAAUGCCCCCACCUCAAGUGCCUCUGCCCGCGUCUUCCAUCUCGCCAGCGAAAAUGGCCAAUGGCACAGCAGGUACUAAAGUGGCUCUGAGAAAAACCAGACAGGUGGCUGAGAAAAUCUCAGCUGACAAAAUCAGUAAGGAGGCCCUGCUGGAAUGUGCUGACCUACUGUCCAGUGCAAUCACGGAACCUGUGCCCAACAGCCAGCUGGUGGACACUGGACACCAGCUGCUUGACUACUGCUCAGGCUAUGUGGACUGCAUCCCCCAAACUCGCAACAAAUUUGCCUUCCGCGAGGCUGUGAGCAAACUGGAACUCAGCCUGCAGGAGCUGCAGGUGUCUUCUGCAGCUGCUGGUGUGCCCGGGGCAAACCCUGUCCUUAACAACUUACUGUCAUGUGUACAGGAAAUCAGUGAUGUGGUGCAGAGGUAGCCACCGUUAGCCGGAUGGAAGAUGCACACAUUUCUGAGGGGAGAGGAAAAGGGACUUGUUUUCCUGUGUUCUCAUUUAAAAAGUGGAAGACUGAUACUUGAGUGUGUUUCUGUGAAGUACCUCAGAUCUCUGAGCUCUCACGUUUACAGGUUCAUCUCAAAAAUAACAAAAAGCAAAACCCAUAGGAGAGGGAAAAUAGAUGGGGGCAGGGCAGUUGUGGACCGGAUUGGAAGCUGCACUGGGACAUCAGGGAACAUGCAUAUGUCGUGCCAUGAAGAACCAAAUCCAGCCCGUUCUUACCUGGAGUGAUGUGAGCUGGUUAGGGCUGCUCCAGCAGGGCUGCAGGGACUGUGCCCAGACAGUGUGUUGGCUGUGGCACUCAUUCUGCACCACACAGAAGGGAAUUGACUUGGGGCCCCAGUAGGUACUAAUGGUGAUUAUACUCCAACUCAUCUAACUUAUUGGGUGGACAGAAGAAAGCUGGGAAUGUGCCAAGAGACGUUUUGUUCAAGGCUGUUGGAAGCUGCUGUUAGCCUCGCUUCCACAGGUCACUGCUGCAAUAAGAACUGCAGAUCAGGUGGCUAGAUGCAA